AUGCAGUUAACGAAUCCAGUAUGGAUCCAUCACUCAGGUGGUGCAAUCUAUUCAGUAGAUAUUCAUCCAGAUGGCACGAAGAUAGCAACGUGCGGACAAGGUGGUGAAGGUGGUUCAGGCCUUGUGAUCAUCUGGAAUGUGAAACCAGUGAUUAACGAGAAAGCCAGUCAGGAGGCAUCGUGCAGUCGACUACUCUCGCGAAUUCUGCAUCAAAAUUGUGUUAAUUGUGUUCGUUGGUCUCCGGAUGGAGCAUAUCUUGGAUGUGCUGGUGAUCAACAAUCACUGACGCUCUGGGAGUUUGGUGGUCGAGUUUUCAGUGCUGGAACGAUUGGUUCUAAAGAUUCCAUUAAUGUCGAGAAAUAUCGGGAGAAGUACCGGUUGUAUGGGCAUUUGUUAGAUGUGUUACAUCUUGAAUGGUCCAAAGAUGGCCGCUAUCUUGCAUCUUGUGGGAUGGAUCAUGCUGUGAUCAUUUGGGACGCCCAUAAUUUACCGAACAAAGUGGUGUCAUUAACAGUCGAACGAGGCGGGCAUCAGGGUAUUGUGAAAGGAGUAAGCUGGGACCCAAUUGGAAAAUUUCUCGCUACGCAAUCAGCUGACAAGUCUGUGAGAAUCUGGACAACUGACAAUUGGCAGUGCAUCAAAGUAGUCAUGGAUCCAUUUAUUGAGAGUAGCCAGUCUACUAUGUUUUGUCGAUUAGACUGGUCACCAGAUGGUACUUACCUGAUAGCGCCAUGUGCAAGUAAUAACUCCGGGCCAACUGCUCACUUGAUACGAAGAAAGGAUUGGGAUACUACGCUGGAUUUAGUUGGUCAUCGAAAAGCUGUAACAGUGGUUCGAGCAUGUCCUCGUAUGAUUGAAUAUCAGAAUUACAAGGGCAAUCGUCUUCAAGUAAGCUGUAUAGCAAUGGGCAGUCGUGACAAGUCAUUAAGCGUUUGGUUGCUACCAAAUGUAGAUCGACCUUUAGUUGUCCUGUACAAGCUUUUUAAACAUUCCAUACUUGAUUUUUCCUGGAAUGAUUAUCAUCUAACUAUUUGCUCUAUGGAUGGGACAGUAAAAUCAAUUGUGUUCGAUGCGAAAGAAUUAGGACGAUUGCUUACUUCUUCCGAAAUGGGUGACCUAUGUGAACGAAUGUAUAGUCGUCGACCGUUGCAAUAUUCUUCUGGUCAACUAAAUAAUGGACAUCAGUUGUUGUCUUCCAAGGAUUCAAACCGAAUGUUUGUUGAUGACCUGAAAAAGCUUCAAAACGAAAAACAAGGUCCGAAACAGUCGAAAGUUCACGACACCGCCUCCUUCAUUUCGUCACAAAUGAAAGAACUUCGUAACAGUCAAACCGUUGUUCAUACACCAGUUUCGUGUAACCCAGUGCAAACUGAUUAUUCAGAAAAAAUGCUUGUUUCAUCGGAAUUACCGAAGAAACAAAUCGAACUUCGAACAAAAUCAGGGAAAAGAAGAAUACAGCCUGCUUUUAUUGCUUCUGUUACAGUUCCUGAAGCUGAAAUAACUGUAACGCCUGCUUCUUUGGACGAACCAGCGUCAAGCAGUUAUGAGCCAGCACAAGCUUCAUCUGUGCAUCUUUUGGCAUCUCCAUCCAAAAGUAAUGGCCGAGUUUUGGUAAGUAGUAUUGAAAAGAUACAAACUAUGCCAAAGACUGGUGAACCGAUGGACACACAUCCUUCGACAUCCAUAACUGAGCAGAUUCUGCCUCAAUUAUCACUGAAACCACUAUUGCGCCCUGCUCCUUUUCCGGAGUCACUAACAGUCAUGUUGAAUGAUAAUCGUUCCGUUAUCUUUCCUAUUCCACAACAGCGGCGAUCGCUGUCGAUAUCUGUACCUCCGACUGAAAUGUGUUCAAUAAAUAGGAUUGAUGUGUUGAAUGAGUAUGAAAUUGCGGCAACUGUUAAAUUGACGAAGCUCUGUGGUAUGAAAGAUACAACAGUACUGUGGACGGCUCAUAUGGAUCCAGUUGUGUGUUCCGCUGCUGCUAAUAGUCACUGGUUUGUAACUGGUUGCUAUGAUGGCAGUAUCCACAUUUAUUCAACACCCUCCGGUCGAUUACAUACAUUCUUUACUAUCGAUUCAUUACCUUUUAUAAUUCAAGUGCAUCGGAAUUAUCUUUCUGUAUGCUCAUCUCAAGGAUUGGUUUACUCUUGGAAUAUAGAAAGUAGGAAAUGUAUUAUGUCAAGAAGGUCAGUUGCUGAUUUUUGCGAAAAAGAUUGUAAAGUAGUUUCAUGUAUAUUAUCAGAUAUAGGAGAACCUAUCAUUACACUUUCGAAUGGAAGGACUUAUUCAUUUUUGCUGUCGCUAGAUUGCUGGCAGUUACUGUUCGAUGAAAAAAGCAUUCUGCCUAGAUUAAGUAUGCCAGCAAUGAGUGCUUCAACUAGUGCUUUGCUUAAUCCUAUAAAAAGCAGCCCAAUUCAUGCAAACAGUGAAGUCCAAAUCACUGCCACACAUUCAUUCCUAGAAGAAAGGCUUUGCAGUGCACUUUCAUUAAAACUUCCCAGCGAUUUUCGUCACUACCUCAAUUUAUACGUACGAUUUCUACUUCAGCAUGGAUGUACUACAAAGUUAAACGAAAUCCUCUCAACAUAUUUCACGGCCGUUUCAAUCUGUGGGUUAAAAUGCGAUGUUUUAUUGCGUGAAAUAUUGGAAUUGACAAGAACGAGUGAAGGAUGCAGUGAGUUUAUUCGCGAUGUCACGCUACGCCUCGAGUCGCUUAUUUCCCAUCACAUGAAAACAAUUGCAACCGUACCUGUUCAUCUUAUUUUAUUCGGUGAAGCACGUGAAUUGGCCAAUUUGUCGGAAAGAAAUGUAAAUGUGCCGAAUGUGUUGAAUUACCGACAGCUGCGACAACUAAUAUUUCAUGAGAUGCUGAAGGAACUGUCACCAAUUGAAGAGUGUUGCAUACUAGCUCUAAAUCAGGAAUAUAUCGGUGAUCAUAAUGAAACGUUUACGAUCAGUGCGCAUUCAGAAAUCGCUGUAAUACCACCGAUAAGUGGUGGUUGAAUUUUGGAAAUUUCCCUGAAGAAAGCGGUGCUUUUGUCGAUAACCGGAUGCAUCUUUUCUCCUGAAAGAAGUCCUAUUGUUUAUUUGUGGAUGGCUUUGACUUGUGAAGCAUCAAUCCUAUGUUAUGAUAUAUUAAGCUAAUGUUAGGAAAGAAAAUGGUAUUAUAAUGACUGAUAUUUACAACAAUUACUAGAUCCUAUUGCAAUACAGCACUAACGC